AUGGCUCGUAAACCGGUCAGAAAAGCGAGGUCUAGAACCGAAAAUGUGGAAGACCCAUAUGGACGCAAUGAAGUUGACGAUUUUGCAGCUAAACGUGAGAAAGUGUUGCUAGAUCAGGCCAAUAUCGUAGCAGAAGCCAGUGAGGAGGACGACGAGCGUUUGUUGGAAGAUGAAGACGAGGAAGAGGUGCUUGGGGUCGAAAGCGAUGAGGACGAAAGUGAAGAAAGUGAAGCCGCAGAGGAAUUGGACGGCGAGGCAGCCUUCAGACAAGUUUUUGGCCGGAAAAUGGAUGCUGGCGGUGCCGGAGAAGCUGAGGAUGAUGGCGAUGCAAUGCUGGACAACGACACGGCGUGGGGAUCGACAAAAGGUGAAUACUACGGUGCCGACGAUCUUGAUGACGAUGAGACUGCUAAGGAGAUCGAAAAAGAAGCUCUGCGCCAGCAACGCAAGCACCUUGCUGAUCUGGACAUGAAUGACUAUCUCGACGAAGAAGUAGAGCAGGACUGGGCCCAGAGCGCGAAGAAGUUUACACUGGGACAGUUUCAAGAAGCUACCAACGCCCAAGGCGCCAGCGACACCACAGCCAAGGCCAAAGACAUUCUUUCAAUGGAACCCGAGGCGAAAGAGCGUCUUCUGCGAACUUGGUGUCCCGAAUUUUUUCCUCUGUCAAAAGAGCUGGCCCGCUGGUCUUCCGAGCUGGACCACUUGAAAAGCCAGCAGCAAGUGGACGAAGUCUCAAGUUUGAAGAUCGCUGCUCUUUCGUCUUAUUUGGGUACUAUUUCGUCCUACUUUGCGAUAUUACUGCAUGAGGUUCAAACGAAUGAUGACUUUGCAGGAAUGAAGGACCACCCAAUCAUGGAAUCUAUCCUCACAUCCAAGGAAGUAUGGAGACAAGCACAGGAACUGCCGGAGAAUAUAUUAGAAAAUCAAGGUGAGGAACAAGAAUCCGACAAUGAGGAGACCUCGGAUCUCGAAACUUUGGACGAGGAUCUUCUCCAAAGUCACGGUAAUGAGCAAUCUACAGACCCUAGCGAACAAGAGGCAGCAUCAGAAGAAGAUGAGGACGACGCAUUUGAUUUUGAUGUCACUGAAUCUCGUGUUGCCAAAAAGAAUGACACAGCUUUUGCCGGCGCUGAAUUAGACGAUUUCGCAGAAACAGAGACUGCGGAUGUCGAUGCACAAGAAAAGAAAGCACGUAAGAAAACACUGCGAUUCUACACUUCUAAGAUUGAUCAACAGGAAAACAAGAAAGUCGACCGGUAUAAAGGUGAUGACGACAUUCCAUACAAGGAGAGGCUAUUUGAGAGACAGCAGAGACUAUUGGAAGAAGCACGCAAGAGGGGUCAAUCUGUUUCUGAGGAUACCCAACUGGAUGCUCAGGAGUAUAACUCGGAAGAUGAGAAAGUUGCCAACACGAUUAAUAGAGACGCUUCAACCGAUUAUUACACCGCUACUCAGCAGGCUGGUGCCCAGAAAAAACAUGCACGUCAACAGGCACACAAGGAUGCUGUGUUGGCAAGCAGAAGUGGCAAACUUGCUGAGCUAUCUAGCGACAUGGAUGACAACACGAAGCGUGCAGUUGGGUACCAAAUAAUGAAAAACAAGGGUCUCACACCUCAUCGUAAAAAGGAUAACCGUAACUCGCGUAUCAAGAAGAGAAAGAAGUAUGACAAAGCACAGAAGAAGCUCAAGUCUGUUCGUGCAGUCUACUCUGGCGGACAAACCGGCUCUUAUGAGGGUGAAAAGACAGGUAUCAAGAAAAAUCUCACAAGAUCCGUUAGAUUUAGAGAUUAA